AUGGCCGCAGUGCAGACGUUAUGCAACCGACCAGCGUUUGGUUACUGCUUCAUCAACUCACGGCAUCAUGUCAUCUGCCACUGCAAUAAUGCAGGUCGCGAAAGCAUCGUGACCCCCGGCAUGAGGUCGGGGGAGGCGGGCGAGGGCUCGGAGCUGGCCGAGUUCGGCGCGCGCUGGCCCCCGCCCUACAACCAGGGCUACGGGUGGACACGCUCCGCCACACCGCAGCACCCGCCGGCACAUCACCUCGCCAGGCACUCCAGGAGCCACCAGUGGUUACAGGACAAUCGGCAUACGAGCUAUGAGGCAGAAGACGCGAGAGGCAGGGCGCGGGGCGGGGUGUACUACUCGCCGCCCGGCACAUCGUACACCAUCGUGGAGAGACCAGCCUCCUCGCAUGGCCACCACACCUCGUACUCACAUCAUUAUGCGGGGAAGCUGUCCCGGGCACCCUACCUCGGUUCAACGACCAUUGCGAAUAGUGCAGCCGGGGCAACGAGCUUAAGAAACAGUACAAACCACCUGAGUGCAGCGAACGGCAAGAAACGACCGAUAUCGCCGGAACAGGUGCUCCGGUUGUUCGGACAAGGUGGCGCUGCAGCGCUAGGGAAAGCGCUGCCGCCGUCGCAUCCUCCAGCGCCUCUGCCUGCACCCCUACCUGCUCGCAGGCACUCCCCUGCUAGCAGUCCCAGCAGCACUACGCAUCAUGCAAUAUACCGAGGGGGUGAACGUGAGCGGCCGUACUCAUCGGGUGGGGCGCCGCCGCCGCCGGCGGAACCCGCCACGCGAACCGUCACCAUGAGCCGAGACCCUGCCGACUCGCAUGGCUUUGGCAUCUGUGUCAAAGGAGGGAAGGAGGCAGGUGUGUACAUAUCGAGAGUGGAAGAAGGAUCGGUGGCGGAGCGUGCGGGUCUGCGCCCUGGAGACUCCAUUUUACAAGUCAAUGGCACUCCGUUCUCCGGGAUCUCGCAUGAAGAUGCUCUUAAGAUGCUGAAAUCGUGUCGUCAGUUGACGAUGACGGUGCGGACAGCAGGUGCACUGGUCGGACGGGCCUCAUGCUCGUGGAUGGACCGGUACGGACGACCCGCAUCGCCGCCACCGCUGCGUCCACCGCGGUCCUCUAGCAAAGACCGCUCCGUACGUAGGGUCGACCUUUGUAUAGAGCCAGGACAGUCGUUAGGACUAAUGAUAAGAGGAGGGCUCGAGUACAACCUCGGCAUCUAUAUCACUGGGGUCGACAAGGAUUCCGUCGCAGAUAGAGCGGGACUUAUGGUUGGAGAUCAGAUUUUGGAGGUGAACAAUCAGUCGUUCAUCGACGUGACGCACGACGAGGCAGUCGCACAGCUCAAGUACCACAAACGUAUGUCGCUGGUGGUGCGAGACGUCGGGAAGGUGCCGCAUGCUUGCACUGCAUACGGGGAACGGGAUGCGGCUCCAAGAAUAAGUGGCUGGGGCAAGCGUCGUGGUGCUGCGGCUACGGCGGUGGAGCAGAAGGCUCGGUCGCUGCUGCCUCAGUGCGACCUGCCGGCCAUCGCUUACUACAUGGAGGAGUACGCCUCCAGGAGACUCACGCCAGACUCCUUCCUCACAGUCGUCAGAGACCUACUAGAUACGCCACAGAAGUACACUCUUCUGACGGAGAUAAGGGAAUUCAUGUUGCCAGAGGAUAGAGCGAGGUUUGAUGAGCUCGUCUACAGAAGAGGCGAGGAGCCCGUCGACCACCACAUCAAGGAGGGACCGGCGGAGGCACCUCUCGUAGCCGACCAUCGCUCGCCCUCCGAGGACUCCGGCCUGGGCCUGCCACCGCAUGACCAUGCUUACAGGAGCGGGCGCGCGUGGCGGCCCAGCGACGCGCCGCCCCCGGACGACGACCUGGAGCCCCCGCACGAGGAGUACGAGGAGGAGGGCCGGAGAUCUCGACGACACUCUUCCCCGUGCAAUUCGAGAGAGGGCAGCACCACCGCGUUACACACACAACACUACGAUGACUCCUGCGGCUAUCUCGAGGGGCUGCGCUCAUCACUCGGUGGCUGGACGCAGAAAGUAAAAUCAUGGUACUGGGGACGACCUCUAGAGUUAGCACACAAUUUGUCACGAAGUUUCGACAUGAAAGAGGAUAGUGGUGCGUUGUUGGAGGAGCGGGGUGGCAUCCGGCGGCACCAGUCGAUGCAGCGACUGCAGCACGGCGACCUGCCGGACGAGGCGCGCGCGGCGCGGGUCGUGCCUGACCACCAUGGCAACCUGCACAUCACCGUCAAGAAGACCAAGCCCAUCCUCGGCAUCGCCAUCGAAGGCGGUGCCAACACCAAGCACCCGCUGCCCAGAAUUAUCAACAUUCAUGAGCACGGAGCUGCUUAUGAAGCUGGUGGGUUAGAAGUGGGCCAGUUGAUCCUCGCGGUGGACGGACAUCGCGUGGAGGGUCUCCAACAUCAAGAUGUAGCGCGGUUGAUAGCGGAGUCCUUUGCACAAAGGGACAAACCGGAGAUCGAGUUCCUGGUUGUUGAAGCAAAGAAAUCCAAUCUGGAGCCGAAGCCAACCGCGCUGAUUUUUUUGGAGGCCUAACAUCUACUGUCCCUCCCCGCCAGCGACCCGCCGGCCGCGCAGGGC